AUGAAAAGCGUUCUUGAAGAAGCGAUCUCUGAACACCGUGUUUUGGUGACUGCUUUUCGUAAAGAGUAUGGCAGUCAGAAAGUUGGCGAGGUCACCGUAGAUAUGAUGUAUGGUGGCAUGCGUGGCAUCAAAGGUCUUGUGACGGAAACUUCGGUACUUGACCCUGAGGAAGGCAUACGGUUUCGCGGAUACACGAUUAAGGACUGUCAAAAACUACUUCCGAAGGCUCCAAAAGGUGAAGAGCCACUUCCCGAGGGCGUGUUAUUUCUUCUCCUUACUGGUCAAGUUCCGUCGGUCGAGCAGGUUAAGGCGAUUUCCAAGGAUUUGGUAGCGAGAGCCUCCCUACCGAACCACGUCGUAACAAUGCUGAAAAACUUUCCUGCUACGCUCCACCCAAUGAGCCAGUUGGCUGCUGCUACUGCUGCGCUCAAUGCUGAAUCUAAGUUCGUAGCUGCUUACAACAAGGGUGUCAGUAAAGACGUUUAUUGGGAGUAUGUCUAUGAGGAUUCCAUGGACCUCAUCGCUAAGCUCCCAAUUGUGGCAGCGACCAUCCACAACAACGCUUUCCGUGGUGGGAAGAGCAUAGGAAAUAUUGAUCCUGAUGCGGACUGGUCGAAGAACUUUGCACACAUGAUGGGAUUUGAGGAUCCACUCUUCGUGGAACUUAUGCGUCUGUAUUUGUCAAUCCACUCCGACCAUGAAGGAGGGAAUGUCAGUGCACAUACUUGUCACCUCGUCGGGAGUGCUCUUUCGGACCCCUACCUUAGUUUUUCUGCUGCAAUGUGCGGUUUAGCUGGCCCGCUCCAUGGACUUGCAAAUCAGGAGGUCCUCACUUGGAUCAUGGAUCUAGUCAAGGCAAAGGGCAAAUCGCCUUCUGAUGACCAAGUUCUGGCGUUUGUGAAGGAAACUUUGGCCAGUGGGAGGGUUGUUCCUGGUUUCGGGCAUGCGGUGCUUCGAAAGACAGAUCCUCGUUAUAUGUGCCAACGGGAGUUUGCUCUGAACCACAUGCCUGAUGAUCCCCUCGUCAAAAUCGUCGCGCAGUGCUUUAAACUUAUCCCCCCGUACCUUGAAAGUCUGGGUAAAGUUAAGAACCCAUGGCCCAACGUUGAUGCCCACUCGGGUGUUCUCUUUAUUAUUGUUGUUAAACAACACUUUGGAAUGAAAGAAAUGAGCUUCUACACGGUCCUCUUCGGAGUCUCGCGAGCUCUCGGCGUGUGCUCCUCCCUAGUUUGGGAUCGUGCUUUGGGCCUGCCAAUCGAGCGCCCCAAGUCGAUGAGUACUGCUGGUCUUCAAGAGUUUUUCAAGAAGAAAUAA